GUUUGCUACCUGUGUGAAUGAACCGAAUCGACACUGGAACUUAGCGAGAUCAUAUUGUGGACUUUUUUCUGCUGGAAUUAUCACAGCGGCUAUGGACUGUACGACGAAAUGGCUGAUGCGGUGACCACAUAGAGAUAUUUACCGUUGCGCGUGUGUGUUUUUUUGUAUUUUCAUUUCCGUUAUAAACAGGAAACACUCUGUGCUGUCGUUAGCCUGUGCUAGCUCGCGUUCAGUGUCAUUCUCCUGCGCUUUUCCUGCUUUCAUUCUGAUCAGGAAUUUACGUAGAGCCCGACGAGAUAAUAUAAUAUAUGUUAAGGGUUAAAGAGUGCACUAUCAUCGGACAUUUUUGUUAUAAAACACUCAUGCCAAAGUCUGAGAGGUUUUACUGCUGUUUGUAGCAUGUUAGCUGUGUGGCUAGUGAUACUGAGCUCGAGAGCAAAGAUAUUCGUUAAACAAUAACUCGAGAAACGGUUCAAAAAGAUUACAUUUAACAUGUACGUCAUUUUUGUUUGUUUUGGUGCUUGGUAGGUUGAUACAUGCUGAUAUUUAAUAGUUCAGCUUUGUGUUUGUCAUGUUAGCGAGGUGGCUGUGUAACCACACGGUUUGUUUAAAGUUCUAAUAAUAUUGGCACCUCAGUAACAUUUUUUGUGAAGUGUUAUUGUGUGGUUUGCUGUACAUUUGUUUUUCUUUACUGUCUUUAUUCGGGCAGAAUAUAAUGUCACAACUGCUUUAAGCAAGCUAUCACACCCAUGCUAAAAUUAGCUGAAGUUAAGGGGAAAACUGGACUGGUUUAAAGCUAAGACUUUUGCUCUCUCUCUCCAUUAUGUAACAUGACUGUUGCUUACUGAGGAUGGUCAAUGUUUUUCUUUCUUCAACUGUAGAGAUUAGCUACUGCCAUUCAUAUUGAGAUGAGAUUAUAUGAUAUAGUUGAGAUGGCUAUAGUCCUAGUGUAUAGGGAAAGAAUCAGUCUUUAGUUAAAAAUCAAGGUGGUUUCAUAUUUACAUAUCGGUUGUAGAGGAAUUGGGAAAGGUUUACAAAUUUGUUAAGAAAAAACUAGCAAACAGUGAUUUAUGAAAUUAUAUUCUCAGGACUCUGAAGCUGCAUAUUAUUAUUAUUAUUAUUAUUAAGAAUGACAGAAGCAUAUUAAUCCAGUGGUGGCAUUGCCAACAAUUGCCUAAAGAUCUUCUGCAGUUGUUCAAUGAUAGUAUGCAUAUCUGUUGACAUCUUUAAAGUUAGUUUAGAUAAGGCCCUUAAGUGAAACCAGUUUGCUACAAAGAAAUUUAUAUUUUUUAAAUAAAUAAAAAAACUUAAUAGGAUACCUGUUCUAAAUCUCAAUCAGUUCAUUGUAAUACAAAUGGCUCGUGCUCCAGAAUCAUUAGCACACCACAGAUUGAAAGGUUGACCAUGUUCAAAAUACUUUGAUCUGAAGUAUGUCAUCAGAACAGCUUGUUUAUUUAUGGAAUUGUGUUUAUUUAAAGUGCUGGAAAGUUUUAAAGAAACCAAACCAAGCAGUUUUGAUGAUCCCUCUGGAUGAAUGUUUUCAUGUAGCCCUUGGGUCGGAGUUGUGCCAGAAACUCUUGAUGAACUGCACUGUAAACAGGGGUCUGCUCGAGGAACAUGUGAAUGAUCAGUUGAUACUGAAAGAACACCGAUCAGAACAUUUUCUGGAUUGGCCCACUCGCUGCUAGUUUUUGGGCAGCCUUUCAUUUACAAGUCAAACAAAGUCCAGCCUGGGGUUUCCAAUGGAAGUACCAAUCUAGUGACUUUGGACAGGGAUCUUCAAGAACUCAAAGCACCACACGUCUGGGUUGUCUCAUUGAGAAAUGAUAAGAUGGGCUCUCAAGCUCUUCAGAUAUUGCGGCAGGGAGUGUGGGCCUCUCUGACUGGAGGAUGGUAUGUGGAUCCUCAUCAGAGUACCUUCUCCAACUGCUUUCACCUCUACCUCUGGAUAUUCCUCUUGGCCUUCCCCUUUCUUCUGUACAUGGCCCUUCCUCCCAGUUUAGUGGUUGCUGGUGUGUACUGCGCGGUGAUAGCAGCCUUCUUCACUGCCAUAAAAGCAGUGAACUUUCGGCUACACACCAUGUUUGACCUGGGCGAGAUUGUGGAGAAGAGGCAGGCCUCGUUCACCACAGACCCCAAGAGAGUGGAAGAAGGGGAGGAAGGCUCAGGAGCUCACGAUGGAAGCCAACACAGGGACAGUGGUGUUGGUGUGGAAAUGACAGUGUUCCGAAAGGUGAACUCCACCCCUCCUGUACGCUGCAGUUCCCAGCAUUCUCUGUUUGGUUUUAACCAGGUUUCGGAAUUUUUACCACAGCUUGAAGACCCUGGAGGCUCAAAGGACCUCAUGCAAGAGCAGAGUAGUAAUGUGAUAGUGACCUCUGCACAUAGAGACAUCAUUCAGCACAACUCUCAGGAUUAUUCUAGUGUGACGCCAUCCUGCAUCGCUAGGGAUUACAGAGGUCUAAUUGGAGUGGGUGACGUAAUGUCAGCAGGUUUUGGUAGCCUGCACUCAACAAACUGUCCCUCCAUCCCCCCAUCCCCCUCCAGCCAAGAAGAUGGAGAUGAGAAAGAGCAGGUGGAGAACAGAGGUAUGGAGCAGCAGAGCUCUAAGGGAGAGGGGCUCAGGGGCUACCCCCCCCUCCGACCCUCGGCUGAGUCGGAAAGCCUCGGAGAUGCUCCGCUAAGCCCUCUUAUUAAGAGUAGCUUGAGCGAGGAGCUGAGUGAGAACUUGCUGGGUUUGGGCCUGGACCCUGUCACUUUUGCCCCCGGUGCCGGGCACCCAGGCAGCCGCACGGGGGUGGCCUUGGCUGCAGGCUCCACUGACAGCUGCUUUAGUGGAGGUGGAGCUACCACAGACAGAGAGACUCUCAGUACAGUCAGUAGCUACCGCAGUGAGAAAACUGACUCAACCCAGCUUGAGAGCCCCUCACUAGGUAAGACACAUCAGCCUUUGUCUAAUGCUCCCUCCACAGCUUUGCUUCAGUGUAAAGGCCACUUUCAGCAGCCAGGAGAUGUGCUGCAGGGGGGCAGCGACACGGAUGACCUGUCAGACAGCGUGCUGCUACGCUCACCCACCAAAGAGCUCUCCUCUGCCCAGGGCCUGGACAGAACUCUGGUGGAGGGAGAGGACCUCCCCCCUUUGCUUACAGACAUUGCACAGCCCUCCUUGCAGGACUCAUCACCAUCUAGCAGUGGGCCAUCUGAUCCAUGUGAUCUUGAUGGAGGUAUCCCCAUACCCCCUCUCCCUCCACCGCGCCAGGCUAGUUCUGUACCUUCGGGCUUGGCACUUGGCUUGGUCUGCUCUGAGCCUGCUCUGCCUGUUUCUGCCCCAUCCUACCUCCUAGCAGAACCACCAUCUCUCCAAGCCCAGCAGCAGGUAGUGCGACCUAAAGAUCUGAAGCUGUUACGUGCUGGAGGUAGUGUGGGUCAUCGCCCCGGCCGCAGGAAAGCUCCGCGCAAACGAGGCACUGCUGGCAGUAGCAGUUUUGACUGUGGCUCCUACCGCCGGCACCACAACCGUGGCCAACACAGAGACUACAUCCCUGUACGCAGUCGGCUGGGUGCCAAAGCCUACAGUGAGAGCUUGUUUGAGGACUCUAGUGAUGAAGAUGAUGGCAGCGACAUGAGUGCCGGCUCUAGUAUAGGCUCCCAACGUCGUUUCAGCUCAGACGAUGAAGACGACGAUGAAGAUGAUGAUUCAAGCUCCUCUACCUCCUGUUACUCCCCCGAUCUGGCUAAUGCCUCAGAAACUGGCCCAGUCCCUCAGCUACCUAGCCCUGGAGAGGAUCCUGAUACUGUAGGCCCCACCCAUACUCGUAGUGCUCAGCGCUCAGCCAGCACAGCCAGUGCCAAGACUCAUGCCAGAGUGCUCAGCAUGGAUGGAGCUGGAGGGAAUUCCAACAACACAGGGACCCUUGCCUCUACUCUGCUGCCUUUACCCCCUUCCUCCACACCUGCCCCACGUCCUCUUACCAUCUCUAAGUCAGACCUGGAGGCUCGGACAAUGCACUCAGAGGGUUUCUCCAGGGCCCACCAUAGACUAGACUCCCAUGGAGGCUCCUGGGCUGGGAACCAGACAGGCUGGAGAGCAGGAGAGCUGCUGGAAGAGGGGGCAGUUGGAGGAGCUCUGGCCCCAGAGGAGGGUAGUAAACGUGACUCUGUGAGCAGUGUAAAGAGAGCACGGGCCAUUCGCAGGCGACAUAAUGCAGGCAGUAAUCCCACCCCACCCCCUUCUGCCAUGGGCUCUCCCCCUAGUCUUCAGGACCUCCAGAGAGUCCGCACUUCCUCUCACUCUCGUACACGAACGCUCCCCUCUGCUCUGCACUUUGCCGCCUCCUCCCUGCUGCUUCUCCCACCCCGCAGUGGUGUUCAUGAAGCAUCCACCUUUGAUGACACUUCAGAGGGAGCUGUGCACUACUUUUACGAUGAGAGCGGCGUAAAGAGGUCUUACACUUUUGGACCUGCUGGAGGAGGAUAUGAAGACCCUGUGCAGGAGCGUGAACGGCAGUCACAAUCCUCCAGCUUUACCUCCACUGAUGUUCAGGAGGUGGCACCAGUUCUGUCCAUGCUGCAACCCAGACCGGUGGUCCUCCAGGGCAUGCAGGUCCGCAGGUUACCCCUAGAUAUGCCAGAGUUUGACCUAGAUCACGAGUCCCCUCAUGAAUCCCAGGAGAACACGCUGAUGAUUGAAGAGAAGGCCAAGCCUAAACAGUAUUACAGAUUCUGGGUGUUGCCGGGAAAGUGGCUACGAGUUCGUUACGACAGGCUGGCAUUAUUGGCCUUACUAGACAGGAAUCGGCGUGUGGGGGAGAACGUGUUUGCAGUGGUGCUGGCCAGCUUAGUGGCUUUCCUCGGCUUCCUGCUACUUCUCCAGGGCUUCUUUAGAGACAUCUGGGUGUUCCAGUUCUGCCUGGUCAUUGCCAGCUGUCAGUACUCUUUGCUGAAGAGUGUCCAACCUGAUGCAGCAUCUCCGAUGCAUGGCCAUAACUGGAUCAUUGUGUACAGUCGACCGGUGUAUUUCUGCCUGUGUUGUGUGCUAAUCUGGGUGUUUGACCUGGUCGGCCACUCAGACAGUCUGCCACCUUUUACCCUCUACGGUGUCACUUUCUUUUCUGCCCACUUCCUUCUCUAUGCUAGAGACAUGCUCAUAGUCUUUAGCCUCUGUUUUCCGAUCAUCUUCCUGUUCGGGCUUCUACCUCAGGUCAACACCUUCCUCAUGUGCUUGCUGGAACAGGUGGACAUGCACAUUUUUGGUGGAACUGCCACCACAAGCCCCCUGUCAUCAGUCUACAGCUUGUUGCGGAGUGUGCUGGUGGCAGCUCUGGUUUAUGGAUUUUGCCUUGGUGCCAUCAAUGUUCCGUGGGGAGAGGCACACGUCCCAGUGCUCUUCUCUGUGUUCUGUGGCCUCCUCCUUGCCUUGUCCUAUCACCUGAGCAGGCAAAGCAGUGACCCUACCAUUCUCUGGUCUUUGGUCUGCUCCAAGUUCUUUCCUGAGCUGGAGAGCCGAUCACCAGAGGAGCCCCCACUAGAGAUUAAAGACCCUCUCCCUGAGAAACUGCGCAACUCUGUGAAAGAAUCUCUUCACUCAGACCUGGUCAUGUGCCCUCUUAUGGCAAUUAUCACCUUUGCCAUCAGUGCCAGCACCGUCUUCAUUGCUCUGCAGCCUGCUCUUAGUUUUGUCCUGUACAUCUUGGCUGGUGUGGUAGGGUUCUUUACACACUACCUCCUGCCUCAACUUCGCAAACAGCUGCCCUGGUUCUGCUUGUCCCACCCUGUGCUACGCUCCAGAGAGUACAGCCAGUUUGAGGUCCGGGAUGCUGCUCAACUGAUGUGGUUUGAGAAGUUGUACGCUUGGCUGCAGUGUGUGGAGAAAUAUUUCAUCUACCCGGCUGUAGUGCUCAACUCCCUCACCACUGAAGCUCAUACUGUCAGCCAAAACCAUGAUAAACCUGGUGCCUAUGGCCGUGCUCUGUUCAUCUCAGUGGCUGGAAUGAAGCUGCUCCGUUCAUCCUUCUGUGUUCCGUCUCAGCAGUAUGUCACUCUGUGCUUCACCGCCCUCUUCUUCCAGUUUGACUACCCACACUUUUCUCAGACCUUCCUACUCGACUACUACUGCAUGUCCAUCCUCUUCAGCAAGCUGUGGGAUCUGCUUUAUAAGCUGCGUUUUGUGCUGACCUACAUUGCACCUUGGCAGAUCACAUGGGGUUCUGCUUUUCACGCCUUUGCUCAACCAUUCGCAGUACCCCAUUCAGCCAUGCUGUUUGUGCAAGCUGUGUUCUCAGCUCUCUUUUCCACUCCUCUUAACCCUGUGCUGGGCAGCGCAGUCUUCGUCACCUCAUACACCCGGCCUGUGAAAUUCUGGGAGCGAGACUACAACACCAAGCGGGUGGAUCACUCUAACACACGUCUGGCAACACAGCUUGACCGCAACCCUGGUGCUGAUGACAACAACUUGAACUCAAUCUUCUAUGAGCAUUUAACACGCUCUCUACAGCACUCGCUUUGUGGGGACUUGCUGCUGGGCCGCUGGGGAAUCUACAGUACAGGGGACUGCUUCAUCCUGGCCUCAGACUACCUCAACGCUCUUGUACACAUCAUUGAGAUUGGCAAUGGCCUCGUCACUUUCCAGCUCAGAGGCCUUGAGUUCAGGGGGACAUAUUGUCAGCAGAGGGAGGUGGAGGCAAUCACUGAAGGGGUAGAGGAAGAUGAAGGGUGCUGCUGCUGUGAGCCGGGUCAUCUCCCCCACAUGCUCUCCUUCAACGCAGCAUUUGGCCAGCGCUGGCUGGCUUGGGAGGUGGCUGCCACCAAAUAUGUGCUGGAGGGCUACAGCAUCAGUGACAACAACGCUGCCUCCAUGCUUCAAGUGUUUGACCUUCGUAAGAUUCUCAUUACAUAUUACGUCAAGAGUAUCAUCUAUUAUGUAAGCCGCUCACCCAAAUUGGAGGACUGGUUGGCCAAUGAGUCAGUGCAGGAAGCAUUGCGGCCUUGCCUCAGCCCUUCCUAUGUGGACAGCGACCCCACCUUCAGCCUGAACAUAGAUGAAGACUAUGACCACCGCGCUUCAGGCAUCACUCCCUCCUCUUUCUGCCUGGUGUACCUGGAAUGGAUCAAAUACUGCAACAGCCGCAGACAAACGCCGGUCGUGAGUGAAAAAGACUCCCCUCUGGUCACGCUCUGUUUUGGGUUGUGUAUUCUGGGCCGUCGAGCUCUGGGUACUGCCUCCCAUAGCAUGUCAGCCAGCUUGGAACCGUUUCUCUAUGGCCUUCACGCUCUGUUCAAGGGUGACUUUCGCAUCACCUCUCCCAGAGACGAGUGGGUUUUUGCAGACAUGGACCUGCUGAACAGGGUGGUAGCUCCAGGCGUACGGAUGUCCCUCAAACUACACCAGGAUCACUUCACCUCUCCUGAUGAGUAUGAGGAUCCAGUGGUUCUGUAUGAUGCCAUCACGGCUAAUGAGGAGAAGAUGCUGAUCUCUCAUGAGGGUGACCCUGUGUGGCGCAGUGCCAUCCUGGCCAACAUGCCUUCUCUGCUGGCUCUCCGCCACAUCAUGGAUGAUGGCAGUGAUGAGUACAAGAUCAUCAUGUUGAACAAACGCUUCCUAAGCUUCAGAGUCAUCAAGGUGAACCGAGAAUGUGUGCGUGGGCUAUGGGCCGGGCAGCAGCAGGAGCUGGUCUUCCUGCGAAACCGGAACCCUGAGCGUGGCAGCAUCCAGAACGCCAAGCAAGCCUUGAGGAACAUGAUUAACUCGUCUUGCGACCAGCCCAUCGGAUACCCCAUCUACGUUUCCCCCCUCACCACCUCUUACGCCGGGGCCCAUGCCCAGUUGCGCUCAGUCUGGGGAGGUCCCAUCAGCCCCCGCAACAUUUACAUUUGGUUCAUCAGCAGCUGGGACAGGCUUCAGAAGGGUUGUGGUGCCGGCUGUAACAGUGGGGGUAAUAUUGAGGAUUCAGACUGUGGGGGCGGCUCUACCUCCAUCACCAACAACCCUGCAGUUCAUCUUCCCCAGAGCACAGCGCCCAGCAUCCCUCUGCCUCAUCCCACGACUGUACAGCCCUCAAUGGGGACUGACAACCCCGUUGGACCUUCUUGGCCUUUGCAUCCCCAGCCCCUCCCACUUGCCCUGCUUAGCCAAUCAGAGGGCAGGAUGGAUGCAGGGCUUGUUAGCUCCUUGCAGCGCACCACUUCCAUCCAUGGGCUUUUGGGUGGGCCGCUUUCCAGCUCCCAGCUGUCUUUCAGUGGCUCAGUGGCCCUACCACCUGCAGACCGCUUUUGCCCCAGUAGCCUGCAGGACAGCUGUGGCCACAGGGUGUCUCAGAGGGGUCUGAGCCUAGGUCAUGGCAGCGGGCUGCCCUAUGAAGCCCUGUACAGUAAAUGGAGUAUAUCAGGAAGGAAGGGAUUCAACGGACCUGCUGCAAUGGAGGGGGACGGUUCAGCAUCACAGAGCAUACGCACAAAGCCUACACUGCCUGUCCUCCCCUCUGAUGUCAGCCCAACACUGGAUCCAAUAGGAGCUGGUGUACACUCAGAGACCACACCCCUUACAUCAGACUCUCCCAGUGCACGGGAUAUGUCUACAGAACUGCCUUUACUUGAGCACCUCCGCUGAGCCUGCACAGAGACUAACCUGCAUAGCAAGACCAGUACAGCUGGGAUCAGCCCAUGGUCGUCCUAGCCAACCUCUCUUUGACCAGAUGGAGAGAGCUGGAAGGAAUUCCCCAGUACAGAGUCUAGCUGACCUUCUCAAUGUCUUUUAUGAUGAAAGCAUCUUCAGUUCUGGAUAUUUUUGGAUGUUUCUUGCAAAUCUUCUGAUAUGGAAGCACACCAGAAAAGAGGGCUGCCUAAGUUCCAUUUGCAUUUGUGCUCCGGUAAGGUAUACGUAAUUAACUAAGUAAUUAACUUUUGUCUCCUUGGACAGAGUUUUUCCAAAGCUUCUUUGGUCGCUGUUUUGGCCUCCAGGCUUCUAAGCCAAAAAAAGUGGCCAGUAAGUGCAAUCUGAAGGGAUUUCCUUUAUUUUAAUUCUUGAAAUGGAGGGUCAGGUCAUUCAAAUCAGUGCAAAUCCGUGACCUGUACACCCACCAGCAGUAACAAAAGGGAACUCUCCUCUCCUCUGUAGCAGCCUUAAAUGUACCCAAGCUUCUGUCUUUCCCCUCGUGCAUCCAGUCCAUAUAUGUUGCUAAAGCCUUAAGCUGACCAAAAGUUGGGCGUCAGCUGACUUGUGCAAAGGAUUUCUCUUCAUUUAAGCCCAGAGUUGAGGCUUCUCACCACAUCAGCCACUGUCCUUUCAAGACCAAAGGACCUGAUUCCCCCUCAUUGAUCCUGCAGUUCAUAGCUCACACAUUCCACAAAGACAUUCGAUUAGAGUUCAGCGUCAACAGUCCAUCAGAUAGCUUGUCAGUGUUGGGGGUAAAGUGUAGAAGAAUUUAACAGCGCAGAAAUGGUCAUCAAAUGCUGGUUGGCCACCAAACUAGGGAAAUAAUCUUUUCUUUGGCCUGGAUGAGGGCAUUUAUUUCUUUAUCUCAUAAUUCAUCACCCAAAAUGACAACUUUCUAUUCUGUUCCCAGCUACUCCCAAGCAAAUGAGCUCUGAACAUGGUAUAGUGCGGGAGCGCACAUGAGGGCUUCCUGGCUUCCUGGCCUCCUGCUGCUGCGAGCGCCUGCAGUUUGUCCCCCUCUACUGCAAUACUACUGCUACUGCACCACCCCCUCUACUACUAACCAAACUACUGCUCCUUUUGACUUCUAAACUCCAGCAUUUUAGUUGGAAGAGUUUUAGGGGUAAAAAAAACAAUAAUAUACUGAUUAUAAAGACAGAGAUAACGUAUUUAUUUGAUUGCUGAUCUCAAAUGGAGAUAAGAGUGGCUGGGUUUGUUGAUUGUCACGUGCUGACGCUAGUUUGACGAGUACUGAGAUGAUGCUCUGAUUUCAACUGUACCCUCUGCCCAUCCCCCUUUUUCUUGAAACCACCUGAUGUGAUGAGUUUAUUCGGUGUCUAUUCUCCUCUUAUUGUGCGUGUAAUACAACUGGAAAGUUAGACGUCAUUCUUAUGUUAUAUAUCUGCUGUUCCGGCAUGGGCGAACGAAGCUCUGACAUGUACUGCCGCUAAAACAACAAACAUAUCAAAUCCUUGCAGUCAAACAAUGUACGACUGACAUCAUGCCUGGAAUAGCAACGCUGUAUCUAUUUAAAAGAGCUUGAAAUAUCCCAUGAGCUGUUUAAAGGUUUUCAGAUUCAGAGGUGGUAUGUAAAUCAGGGAUGGUUCUUCCAAAAAUUAAAAUUCUGUCAUUUACUCAACCUCAUGUCAUUCCUAACCUGUAUGACUUUUUGAAACACAAAAAGAGACGUUAGGCAGAAUGUUAGCCUCCGUCACUAUUCACUUUCAUUGUAUGGCAGAAAAAGGUGCAAUGAAAGUGAAUUGUGACUAAAGCUGACAUUAUGCCUAAUGGCAGUGUUGUUCCACGGAAGAAAGUCAUACAGGUUUUGAACAACAUAAGGGUGCAUAAAUUAUGACAAUUUUGGGUGAACUGUCCCUGUAGUACUCUCUUGUGAUGGCCAAGCUGUACUCUCCACAGGCUUCUGGCUUGUACGUUGGUAUGGUUUGAGAGUCAGUAAAUGGGGGGCCUCCAUGGGAAAAUGGUGCCUUAGAAUUUGUCACAGUGUUCAGGUAGAAAAGAACGAUUAAAGAACUUAAUCAUGAGCUGUUUUUGUGGUAGAUUUAACAUUGGUGCCAGUAGGUUCUCAUCUGCAAUUUGGGUUUCUGAUUGCAACCGUCAUGAUUCUGUUUCAUGUAAAAUGACAGGCAUUUUAUUCCUGAUCAGCCCUGUUACACUAAUUUUCUAAUGCUGAAUCUGAUUCAAAAUAGAUGUAAUCCUGCCUGAUACACAUGAAGAGACAUAUUUGUGUUUUAGUUUGUCUGAUGAGUGUGUACUGUUGGCACUCCUUCCCGCUCACACUGAAUUGAUCAUGUUGAUUUAUUCAUACUUUCACGUAAACCACUGAUUUUUAAUACAUUUAUAACACUGCAAAUAUCACAAGUUGUUUGAACACUAGACAAGAAGUCUGUUAAACCAGUCUAUUUUCCAAUUUUGGAUUUUUAACUGUCCACUUCUCUCCAGCCACACACAUGGGACCUUUUCCAUUAGACUAAACUGCUAGGGAGUGCUUGGCUUUAGUCGGGACUGGGCAGAGGCUAACUGACCAUCUGUUUUUUCAUCAGGACCAUUUCUUUGGGUGUCACUUCUCUUAUAUUUAGGGGGAUUUUUCCAAAGCUACAGGGGGUACUUUUCUUACUGGGAGAAAGCACAAGUUACUGGAUCAUCUUGGGUGUUGGUGAUUUAAAUGGAUCUAACCAAUCUCUGCCACCAUAUAUGUACAGCAUUUUUGUGUGUGUGUGUGUGUGUGUGUAUAUAUAUAUAUAUAUAUAUAUAUAUAUCAUUAUUAUUAUUGGAUUUCUGGUUAUUUUUCAAUGGAAGACACUACUUUGAGUCUUAGGGGAGCCAUGCUUCAGUGUAUCUGCUUGCGGGGAGGUCUGGCUCUCAACCUAGAAUCAUGAAGUUUGGGGAAUGAAUCAGUUAAUACUGCUUUUGCACAACUAUUGUAAAAUAGUACACCAUCCCUUUUUCUUUUUUUUUUUACUUUUAUGGGGGAUUGUUUUAUUUAAAAACCUAUUCAAAGUUAUGUACAGUUUUUUAUGAUUCUUUUCACCCCUCCUAUUUAAAUUAAAGCUUUUUUGUGUCAUUGUUUGCUAAACAAUUUGAAUGUGUUUGGUCUUUAUUUUCCCUAGCAUGUAUUAGUAUUCUAUCUCAGGUGUAUAGAUGUAUUUAUUUAGAAUGAGGUAGUUUAAAAAUGGUGUAAGGGGAUGCCCAUUAGCUCCUAAACUAUUAUUCUUUUUUUACUAUAUUCUAUAUCCAAACUAUUACACUAUAAACUGUGUGUAGUGGUCAGCCUUUUUUUAACUGGAUGGUUAAAUCAAUUUAUUCCAAAAGCAAAUAUAAUAUAGACAUUGAGAUUCUGAGCCCAACAUGUUUUUCAGUAUGAAUUGAAUGUUCACUACAAGACUCGGAGCACAUACACUGCCUACCAUGAUAGGGCCAAAUUCAACUGACAUAGACUCAUAUUGAUUUUUGAUCGCCUACUCUUGGCACCGUUUACCUCAUAUAAAAAGCCACAUUAAUUACAAAUAUAUUACAAACAAGAAAUUCAUCCACCUAGAAUAGUCCCACUUCAAAUGCACGAUUUAAACAGCUACAUAUCAAACAAAACAUUUUAACUAUAUUAAGGUAAAAAAAAAAAAGCUGCACAUUCCUGUUUUUAAACUCUUGAGUGCCUUGCCCCGUAGGCUAUCAUUGUAAGUGCAUUACUGUAAACCUGGCACUUGUGAUAAAUCUAUUUAGCAUUGAAUAUUCAUUUCAGUGUUACCAAUAUAAAGGUAUCAUUUAUUUUUUUGUUUUUAUAUUAGAUAUCAUCAAUAAUAAGAUACACUGCCUGGCCAAAAAAACAGUCACAUACUCUAAUAUUUAGUUGGACCGUCUUUAGCUUUGAUUACGGCAUGCAUUUUACGUGGCAUUGUUUCGACAACCUUAUGCAAUGUCACAACAUUUAUUUCCGACCAGAGUUGCACUGAUUUUAGCUGAGAUCAUAUAGCACAUAUAUCCAGCACAUCCCAAAGACUUUCAAUGGGGUUAAGGUCAGGACUCUGUGGUGGCCAAUUCAUGUGUGAAAAUGAGUCCUCAUGCUUCCUGAACCACUCUUUCACAAUUUGAGCCCGAUGAAUCUUGGCAUUGUCAUAUAUGGAAUAUGCCUGUGCCAUCAGGGAAGAAAAAAUCCAUUGAUGGGAUAACCUGGUCAUUCAGUACAUUCAGGUAGUCAGCUGACUUCAUUUUAUUACCGCACAACUUUGCUGAGCCUAGACCUGACCAAUUGAAGCAACCCCAGAUCAUAACUAUGCAUGACGGGUGCAUCACUUCAUGCACUUCCCUUCUUACCCUGACGUGCUCAUCACUUUGGAAUAGGGUAAAUCUGGACUCAUCAAACCACAUGACCUUUUUCCAUUGCUCCAUAGUCCAAUCUUUAUGCUCCCUAGCAAAUUGAAGUUGUUUUUUCCCUAUCAGCCUCACUAACAAGUGGCUUUCUUGUGGUCACACAGCUGUUUAGUCCCAAUCCUGUAAGUUCUCCUCGCAUUGUGAGUGUGAAAAUGCGCUCACUUUCACUAUUAAACAUAGCCAUCAGUUCUACUGUUGAUUUUUUUAAGAUGUGACUUCAAGUGUUUUAGUGAUCUAAGAUCACGAUCAUUCAAGAUUUUUGUCCGAUCACAUUUCUUCUGCGAAGCUGACGGUUCAACACUAUCCAGGAUUUAACAAUGUGUUGGACAUUUCUUAACCCAAUUCCAGUGAUUUCAGCAAUCUCCUUAGUUGUUUUCUUUGCUUGACACAGUAACAUAUUUUCUAUGACCACGGGAUACGUCUUCCGACAUGGUUGUAUAAGAAAUGAGAAGCUGAGCACUGCAUCAGUUAGGGUUAAAGAAUUGUUGCCAGAUGAAACAUAUUAAUCACUGCAAUAAUGAUCCAAUCAUAGGCUCUUAAGUUUCUACUUAUUUAAAGCCAAAUGGCAACUUGGCAAGGCAGUGUAUGUUGACUGUUGUAUCAAAAAUAUGGAUUCCUAUUAUUACUCCACAAUGUAAUUUUUACUGAUGCAUGCAUGUCAUGUUGCAUUUUACUAUGUGUGUUGGGCUGAUUGUAAGAUGAUCUCACCAAGAGAUCAGAGACAUCUUAAAGACUUUAAAAAAUGACUUAUCACACUUUAAUACAAUUAUAAGUUCGAAAUGUGAUCAAACAUUAAAAAGGUACUUUGAAACGUGACCCAGCAGGAUCUGUCAGAAAAAGUACAACCUAUAACUGUUUUGCUCUUGUCUGAUAUUACACACUCCUCUAUGUUGAGAUUAGUGUACAGAGACAGUGCUGAUCGUCACUUCUCACCUUCAGCUCAGAAAAAGGAGCUAUUUAUAAGAGAAGGUGUGUUUUUGAUCUCAUUAUAACACUCAUCUUGUUCAUGGCUG